CUGGCUAGAAACUGCUGUCUCAAGUCCUCAGGGCCCUGGGCGUCCUCUCCCUCGCUCCAGGCGCCGGCCUGCCCUCACCCCGAGUUCGGCCCGCGGCGCCCGACGCCCUAGCGGAGCGGGCGGGGGCGGCCUGCAGGCCCCUCCCCGGCGCCCAACGGCAGCCGCGCAAGCAGCGGAGGAGGCGGGAGCGCCCAGGCCGCUGCGCUCAUGGCGUCGCCCGGAAGUGGAAUUACUGGUCAAAGGGCAUUCAGAUCUGGGAGAAGUGGCCCCAGAAGUAAAAGCUUCAGACAGCCAAACAUCCGUGGCAAUUGCAGAUUUGGAAUGGAGAGAAAUGGAAGGAGAUGACUGCGGGUUCCAUUAUGGAGAUGGUGCAAACGAGGCUCAGGAUAGUGACUUCCCGACAGUGGAGAGAAGCAGGCUUCAGGAAAUGCUGUCCUUGUUGGGACUGGAGACAUACCAGGCACAGAAGCUCACCCUCCAGGACUCCCUGCAGAUCAGUUUUGACAGCAUGAAGAACUGGGCUCCUCAGGUUCCCAAGGACCUUCCUUGGCAUUUCCUCAGGAAGUUGCAGGCCCUUAAUUCUGAAGCCAGGAACACCACUAUGGUGCUGGAUAUGCCUCCAGAUGCCUGGCCUGCAGAGAAAGAGAGCCAGAUGGAGGAGGAGAUGAUCUACUGGGACCCGGCUGAGGACAUGGCUGCUGAUGACAUCUACUCCUUCUCUGAGCUGCCCAUGCCUGACACACCUGUGAACCCCCUGGACCUUCUCUGUGCCCUCCUGCUGUCUUCAGACACCUUUCUGCAGCAGGAGGUCCUACUCAAGAUGUCCCUCUGCCAGUUUGCACUCCCACUUGUAUUGCCUGAUUCAGAAAACCACUACCACACUUUUCUCCUCUGGGCCCUGCGGGGCAUUGUGCGGACGUGCUGUUUCCAGCCCCCACGGGGCCUUGGGAGUUUUCGAGAAGACAGCGUGGUCCUGUCCAGGGUGCCCACCUUUGCCUUCGUGCGCAUGGAUGUCAGCAGCAACUCCAAGUCCCAACUGCUCAAUGCCAUCCUCAGCCCGGCUCGCCGGCAGUGGGACUGCUUCUGGCAUCGGGACCUCAAUUUAGGCACCAAUCCUCGAGAGAUUGCGGAUGGGUUGGUAGAAAUCUCCUGGUUUUUCCCCAGUGGUAAGGAGGACCUGGAUGUUUUCCCAGAGCCUAUGGCCUUUCUGAACUUGAGAGGUGACAUUGGGUCUCACUGGCUGCAGUUCAAGCUCUUGACAGAAGUCUCCUCUGCUGUGUUUAUUUUGACUGACAACAUCAGUAAGAAGGAAUACAAACUGCUGUACUCCAUGAAGGAGUCAACCACAAAGUACUACUUCAUUCUGAGUCCCUACCGGGGGAAACGGAACACAAACCUGCGCUUCCUCAACAGGCUGAUUCCCGUGUUGAAGAUAGACCACUCUCAUGUCCUUGUGAAGGUCAGCAGCACCGACAACGAGAGUUUUGUGAGGCGGAUCCGAGCAAUUAUAUGCAGUGUGGCACGCUCUCCCUGCAGGAGGCUGUCUGUGGAGGACAUGGCGCACGCGGCACGGAAGUUAGGCCUCAGAGUUGAUGAGGACUUUGAGGAGUGUCAGAAGGCGAAGGAGCGGAUGGAGAAGAUUAUCAGGAAGAUCAAGGAUGUGGAUGCCUACAAGAGAGACGAGCUGAGGCUGCAGGGAGACCCUGCAAGGAAGGCAGCCCAAGUCGAAAGGGAGUUCUGCCAGCUGCAGUGGGUCUCGGAGCCCCCAGAGAAGCGCCGGGCUGAGCUGAGACGGCGGGUCCUGGAGCUCCGCGUGCAGCAGAAUGGCCAGGAGCCCACCUCAGGGGUGCAGGAGUUCAUUCUGGGGAUAAGCAGCCCCUCCCUGGGUGAGAGGCAGUACUUCCUGAGGUGGAUGGAGUGGGGGUUGGCUCGACUAGGCUCGCCAAGACCAAGACAGCCUCCAGAGACGCUUCUCACCCUGAGACCAAAACUUGGUGGGGCCUCAGACUUGAAUGAGCCCUUCUGGCCCGAGCCCUUGGGAGUGGAGCACUUCCUGCGGGAGAUGGGGCAGUUCUACGAGGCCGAGAGCUGCCUGGUGGAGGCAGGGAGGCUGCCUGCUGGCCAGAGGCGCUUUGCCCACUUCCCAGGCCUGGCUGUGGAACUGCUGCUGGGUGGGCUGCCGCUGGAGCUGGUCGAUGGGGCCACCCUGAGCAUCCCUGUUCGCUGGGUCACUGGGCUUCUCAAGGAGCUGCAUGUCCGCCUAGACAGGAGAUCUCGACUAGUGGUUCUCUCCGUGCUGGGGGUGCCAGGCACAGGGAAAUCUACACUCCUUAACACCAUGUUUGGCCUGCGGUUUGCCACAGGGAGGAGUUGCAGUCCCCGGGGAUCCUUCAUGCAGCUCCUCCCUGUAGCUGAGGGCUUCAGCCAGGACUUGGGCUGUGACCAGAUUCUGGUCAUAGACUCUGGGGCUUUGAUCAGUGGGGCCUUGCCCUCUGCUGGAGACAGGUUUGAACUGGAGGCUUCCUUGGCCACGCUGCUAAUGGGGCUAAGCAAUGUCACUGUGGUGAGUUUAGCUGAGAUGAAGGACAUUCCACCAGCUAUUCUUCAUGCUUUUCUAAGGCUAGAAAAAACAGGGCACAUGCCCAACUAUCAGUUUGUCUACCAGAACCUUCAUGACCUCUCUGUCCCCAGCCCCAAGCCGAGAGACAGGAGGCAGCUCCUGGAUCCGCCCAGCGACCUGGGCAGGGCUGCUACCCACAUGGAGAAGCAGGGCAGCAGCUUCCGGACACUGGCAGGCCUGGCAGAGAGGCAGCAUGUCUGGCACAUCCCAGCCCUGUGGCAUGGAGCACCUCCCAUGGCCGCUGUGAGCCUGGGCUACAGUGAGGCCAUUUUUGAAUUGAAGAGAUGCCUGCUAGAAAACAUCAGGAAUGGCUUGUCCAACCAAAACCAAAACAUUCAGCAGCUCAUCGAGCUGGUGCGGAGGCUGUGAAUGUCGUGAGGGUAGGGCCUCCUGCUGUGGCCUGUUGGGCCAGCAGCCAGCAAGGCUGUGUUUGGUACCUGAGGGUUGGCUGGUGCUUGCUGCACCUGAGAAGGAAGACAGGAGUUAAGGGCCUCUUCACAGUUUAAGAUGCAGUCCCAGACUGGCUCAGAAAUAUUGAGAAUAGAGGCCCAGGGCGGGGUGAUCCAAGCAGUGGUGUUCUCUGUCCCUAUCCCAUGUCGAGGCUCCUGGGAGUUGGCCCUUUGGGUAGCUGCCCCUUCACUGGUCCCUGGAAUUAGGGAACAGCUCCCUUAGUCACAGCAGGUGCUGGCAGACAGGGAUGUUGUGGGUUGUUCUGAAGAAGCAAAAGAGGCUUUGCUUCCAUUCAGUCCACCGGUCCUUUGUGGACCAGCCUUCAAGGUUUCGGUGAUGCGGCACCCAAGUGCAAGGCGCUGCCGUGACACUGAGCUUGCGUACUGGUGUGUGAGGCGCCCUGACCCUUGCCCAGGAAGUGUUCGUACUGGUGUGUGAGGCGCCCUGACCCUUGCCCAGGAAGUGUUCGUCAGUCACCCUUUUGUGCUCCAGCACUUUGUCACACUUUCUCCUCAACACUUCAUGGCACAUUGUCACUUGUGUGUUUACUGUCUGCCCCUCGACUGUGAGCUGCUUGAGGGCAGGACCUAAGCACCAUACAGCUCUGGGUCCCUAGGACCUGGCACACAUAGGCGCUUAAUAAAUGUUUGUUGAAUUAAUGAGUGGAAUGAAUCCUCCAAUGAUAGUAGCGUGUAGGUUUUGCCUCUCUGUGCCUUCCUUGUCCUUGUGCUCAGGACAACCUUUCCCUGAGGAGGGGUCUGGGAGCAGGCUGUUGCCUGGGGAUAAUGCCAUCAUAGUAACUUUUCAGCACUUUAGUCCCUGCCCCAUGUGCAGUUGACAGUAGAAAGUCCCAGACUGCCGUCCCUGCAUGGCAGACAUGAGUAGAGAGGACCUGCUUGCUGUGCAUUUAAACCUUCCCCAGCAUUCUGACCUCUCUCUGCAGCAAAGUAGCCACCCUGUGAGGGACGGCCUGGAGCUCGUCCUCUCUGAUUCUUCAGCUGGAAAAUCAGCCGUUACUCCACUGAGUUUCAGAGCCCCACUCCCCUACAACUCAGGCCUAGGAGCUUCUGCUUAACUGUGCCUUGCUGCAGAGGCUUUGGAAUUUCUUUUGCUUGUUUCUUGUCAGAAGUCAGGCGGUGGCCUGAGAGCCUCCCCUGUGUCUUAUCCCUUGAUCCGGUGGUGGGUCUGGACAUGUGGGCAGAGGGAAGCAGUCCUGAACCAUGGCAAACUGCUAUCAGACCCGGCUAGGAAAAGGGGACUCUGGCUCUCAGACCUUGAAACUUUGACCUGCCCAGAGCAUUAAGAUGACCGUACUGUGCUGAUUCAGUUGGAAGUAACAAACCUUUCUUUACCUUAAGAUUCACUUCUGCCAGCUGGGCGUGGUGGUGCACAUUUUUAAUCCCAGUACUUAGGAGGCAGAGCAGGUGGAUCUCUGUGAGUUUGAGGCCAGCCUGGUCUACAGAGCUAGUUCUAGGACAGCCAGGGCUACAAAAAACCAAACAAAAUCCAACUAGUAAACAACAAUAAAAACAACAAAAACAUCCUCCCCCUUUUCCUAUGCGAUCUACAGAAACAUCCCUGGCACCUUCCCGCACUGCAGAAAUUUCACCCAGCAUUCCUAGCACCAAAUUUACACUGAAGCACAAGAAAUAACUCUCGGAAUUGUUGUGGACAGAGGGCCUGUGCGGUAGCUCACAGGGCACAGGCACUUGCGGCAAAGCAUGGCAACUUGGAUUCAAUCCCCGAACACACGUAAAACUGGAGGAGAGAACCCUCCAUAAAGUUGUCCCCUGACCUCCACACAUGCCAUGCCAUUGCCAUGCCACCUCCCCCGGGAUGCACAUCACACAUGCUAAUAAUAAAGCUAGGGCAUUCACCUUCAGAGUCCCACUCUUCUUUCUUUUUUCAAGACAGGGUUUCUCUGUAGCUUUGGAGCCUGUCCUGAAAGUAGCUCUUGUAGACCAGGCUGGUCUCGAACUCACAAAGAUCUGCCUGCCUCUGCCUCUCGAGUGCUGGGAUUAAAGGUGUGCGCCACCACUGCCGAGUCAAGAGACCCACACUUAGAAGUUCAAGAUUGUUGAAUUUCAACCAGUAUCCUUAAAGAUGGUGUCAUAUUGUUCCUAAAGUUGAGACAAGGAAGUCAGGAUUGAUGACAGUUGAGAAGGAUUCUUUAGCUGGGGUUAUUGGUGCAUAGCUGUGAUGCCAGUGUUUGAGAGACAAGGAUUUUCAAAGCCCAGGGUCAGUCUGAGUUAUACAGCAAGACCCCCCAUCUCCAAGAAUAUAAAGGUGUAUACAGCAAGACCCCCCCCAUCUUCAGGAACAUAAAAGGUGUGUUUUACAUGAAGUCUGUCCAUAGCCUCGAAAUAAAAUUCAAUCUGGAUUCCUAAGAUUUAUAUAUAUUCAGAGAGUUGUUAGUUUUAUAACUUUCAUUAGCGUUUCAAAGAGACAGUGUAUGGGGUUACAUAUCUGUAUUCUGAGCAUUUGGGAAACCGAGGAAGGAGAGUAGUUCAAGACCAGCUUGGGUACAUGGUGAGACCCUAUCUAAAGUACCUCGACCACUCAAGAGGCAGAGGCAGGUAGAUCCCUGUAAGUCCAAGGUCAGUCUGGUCUACAUAGUGAGCUCGGACCCUGUCUCAAAACAAACCAAAAGGCUAAGUAACAUUAAACGUCUUAAUAAAGUUACUCCACCUAUCAUCAGGACCCAGCUGCUUUAUGUGUCAAACCUGGACAACAAACUCGUCUUGGUGAGGCAUUCAGGGGGCUCCCCUGCAAGCAGGACAUGUUAGAAUUCUGUGACUGUUAGCGAAGCCAAGAGAGACCAUUGGAACAGAAGAGGUCAGCCUAGGCUGGGUGACUUCAGGAAGUCACUUGCCUGCUCCCCCUGCCUAUUUGAAGGGCUGGCAUUUCUAGCCCAAGACCUAGGAGAGGAUUCAGGACUGCUCUUGACAGUCAAACUGCAGCUGGACCCUGAGUAAUUUCCCGGACUUGGGCAGCAGGCUGUUCAGCCUUCCUAAGUGCCCUUGGCUCUGAUGUCAGGGGAGAGCAUUCUCGGGGCCCUGGAGCUGAAGUUAAGUGUGGUGUGUGCUAAACCGAGCCUCCACAGGAAGAAUGAGGUAGGAGGCUGCACAGGCUUCCUGUGGUGCUGCUUUCUGCUUUAGCUUGUGGGCUUCAGUGGUUGACUUCUCAGGAAAAGUGCUGGGUUCUUGUUUACUGAUUGGGUAAGAGGAAUUACCAGGAAGCAGGCUUACAAAGUGAGUGUCAGCCCCUCUGAAUUGAUUUCACUAAGUGGUAAAGAACACCCAAGGCUGGAUUGCAUGGUUUGGGAGGCCAAGGCGAAAUGACCAUGAACUAGAGACCAGAUCGGGCUCCAAGGGAGAGUGACAAGACAGCUUUCUGGACUCCCGUGACUCCUGUGUUCUUGGCUGGAUUGUUGCUCUUGUACAAAGUCACCCCACAGCUCAGCCUUUGAACACUGUUGCUUAUGCAGGGACAGACAGAUCAUUUUUAAGACAUCUGGACUGCAGCUAGGGCCUUCCUCCACCUGGUGGACCGGGCAGAAAAGUGCUAUGGUCUUUCCCUCAGAAAAGUGCAGAUAGCGGUUUGGGUCAUCCUCCCCAAAAGAUGAGUUAAGACACUAGUUCAUGGGCUGGAGAGAAGGCUCUGUGGUCGGGAGUGCUUGCUGCUGCAGAGAAUCCGGGUUCUGUUCCAGCACUUACAUGGUGGCUCAUAACUGAUGCCCUUUUCUGGCCUCCCACGCAGCACCAGGCACAAAUACAUGCAUGCAGGCAAUAAUCACACACAUCAUCAUCAUCAUCCCAAACUAGUUCACAGCUCCACUGCAAACUGUAAUCUCUGAGGGGAUUUCAGAAAGCACAUGCGCCUGCUUUCUCACGGAGAUGAGGCUGGUUGCGCUCUUGUCUUCUGAGCGCGUAGGCUACUGGCUGUCAAUGCGAAGAACAAGAACUCAUCAGAGAAAGCAAUGCACCCCUCCAGCUUGGCCUUGAGCCUGGAGGGGUAUUGUGGCCAUUCAUGUGGGGAUCACUCCUAACUGAGGCUGCUCCAUACCCAGCAGCCACUCACCUAGCCCCAAAGGCUGGGGUCACCCCCUCAUACUAGCAUGAUUCUAAAUUUUCACCGUACCAAAAGUGGUUCAGGAACUCCAGAUAUGUCAAGAGCACAGGUUCUGAACAAGGCCUGCACCCGGCUACUGUAUCUGGAGCCUCCACCGUCUCAUCUGUAAAGCAUGAUGUCUGGGAGGACAGAGUGCAUAGGGUAACACAAGUGCAUGCUGUAGAAGAAAUAUCUCCCUUAGAAAGUCCCCGCCUGGAGCUGGGGAGCUGGCUCAGUGGUUAAGUCCACUUUCUUCUCUCCCAGAGGCCCUGCACUCGUAGCAUCCAUACCAGGCAGCUCACAAGAUCCAGGGGACCCUACAUGCUCUUCUGGCUUCCACAGCACCUGCACACACUGGACAUACCCUCAUGCUCUUCUGGCUUCCACGGCACCUGCACACACCGGACAUACACUCACAGACAGCACACACAAAUGUUAAAAAUGAAAUUUCUACUGGUUGGGCUGGGGAAAUGGCCCAGGAGGUAAAGAGUUGGCUGUGCAUGAAGAUCAAAACUGGGAGACCUAAAAUCCUCAGAAAAGCUUGUCAUCCCAUUGCUUAAGGGAGGGAGGCGGGCCUGGCUUGGUGAUGCAUGAUGCAGAGGCAGAUUGCUUCUGUAGGCCAGUUAGAGCUUCACAUCUCAUCCAACAAGACAAAAGGAAAAGACAGGAGCCCUGGAGCAAGGCUUCAGUUAAUACAGUGAGGAGUGAUGGAGGAAGCCUCUCCCCCACCCCCCCAGCAUGCUGGUGUCUUUAAUAGAACACAUUGAACUGCUUGGAGGGACACAGAAGCCGAGCAGUCUCCAUGCCCUGCUUGCAGGGACACAGAAGCCGAGCAGUCUCCAUGCCCUGCUGCCACCCGAGUGGAGUCUAUGGCUUCACUUUUAUGAGACUCAAGGCUCUGUUCUUUCUCUUCUUCAAAGGCCAAAGAGAACAAAAACAAAAGAAACCAAAGGCUCAGUCAGCCAGACUCAGGACACUAACGUCUCUGUGGGAAUAUGGUAUUAAUUUUUGCGUUUUUAUUUUUUCUCUUAUGUGCAUCAAGGCUUUGCCUUCAUGUAUGUCUGUGUGAAGGUGUCAGAUCCUCAGGAGGUGGAGUUACAGACAGUUGUGAGCUGCCAUGUGGGUGCUGGGAAUUGAGCCCAGGUCCUCUGAAGAGCAGCCAGUGCUCUUAACUGCUGCGCCAUUUCUCUAACCCCCCAUUUUUUUCAAGUGCUGGGGAGGAAGCCCAAAGCCUUGCACAUGUGCUGUGGCACUGAGUUCCACCCCCCGCCCACAGUAACCAUUACUGACCCCAUUUUACAUGUGAGGAAGCUUGGACAGAGGGAGCUUGUCCUUGCUCACGUUAUACAGCAAGGAAGUGAGUUCAAGUUUGGAUCUGGGUAGUUCAGAUGAUGGAUACCAUCUCUUACUCCAUGCUGGAGCAAAUUUAUAUAAUUUGUCAAACUAUAAAAUCAUCACACUUUAUGAAAACUUUAAAAAGGAAAACAUCUUAGAAUUAUUUAUAAAAAAUUACUAGAUUUUACAUUUGCAAGUGACUGGAUCUAGAAAAAGGCCACGCCCCUGUAAGUCCAUUACCCAGUAUCUGAAACAGCUGGAGGCUGCAGUCUAAAAAACAUCAAGAAUAAAAUACUCCCAGUGAGCUUCAGAUGAAGGAACCAGAUUCAGUGGUCAAAGAAAUUUUAACCCUCAAAACACAGACGGGAGCCGACAGACUGGUUGCUCUGCCUCUGCCUCGCGGUCAUCGCGGGCACUAACCAUUUAACUAUUUCCCACCCUGGAGGGCCAAUCCUUUUCCCUCAGGAAACACUGGUGUGUGAACCCCACCAGCUGACCCAGGCAUCUCCUAAACAGUUUCACACAGUUGAGGUGGACAGAACCAAUUCCAGCUGCCAGUCAUUAAAUGCUCUCUUCUGUUUGUACAUGACAAUGGCCUUGAACUCAAAGCAGUCCUGCUUCAGCCUCCCAAGUGCUGGGAUUAUAGGAGUAAGCCAUCAUGCCUGACUAUUAAAAACCUUCCUCAUCCUAACAGCUCAAAGAAGUGGUUAUUUUUUAAAUUUUUGUAUAUGUGUGCAUGUAUGUGCAUGUGUGUGUGUGCUAACUCAAGGGGCAUGUGGAGCUUUGUGGGGUAGUGUCAUAGUUUCUGUUCUAUUACUGUGAAGAGACAUCAUGACCAAGGCAACUCUUACAAAAGAAAGCACUUAAUUGGGGGCUGGCUUACAGUUUCAGAGGCAUUUAUCGUCAUGGUGAUGGCAACACACAGGCAGACAGGUACAGACACUGUGCUGGAGAAGUAGCUAAGAACUUACAUCUGAACCCCAAGUUGCAGGCUGAGGUGGGAGCUAGUUGGGCUUUUGAAACCUCUAAGCCCAUUCCUAAGUGACACAAUGAGGCCACACCUUUUAAUCCUUCCCCAACAAUUCCACUCCCUGGUGAUUGGAGCCUAAUGGGGCCAUUCUCAUUUAUACCACCACAGGGAGGUCCUCUGGUCCUUCUACCUUUACAAGGGCUCUGGGGAUAGAACUCAGGGCAACAGGGUUGGGCAGCAAGUGCCUUAUCAGCUGAGCCAUGUCACUAGCCCUUAUGGGUGAGAUAUUCCAUUUCCACAUAAUGGAACCCAGGGUGAACUGUACAAAUGUAACAUGUUUGCCUCUUGGCGAGCACAAAGUCAAAAUAAAUACAGCCAAGAUAUAAGAGUAGAGAAAGAUUUAUUAUUACCUGUGGCCAGACAAGGUGGUACACACCUAAGGAGUUGGAAGGCAGAGGCAAGAGGAUCAGGAGCUCAAGGUUAGCUUCUGGUACACAUUGAGUUCCAGACAAGUAUGGGCUACAGGAGACCAUGUCUUGAAAAACAUUGCCUACCUGCCAGAGGCAAGGUAGCAACAGAGUUAUUUCCAAAGCAGUGCCCUUUCUGAACAGGGAAGGAGUGAGGAUUUUACCCAGAGAACCUGUACAUGUUGUUAUAGGAGUUGGCUUAA